CAAAAGUCCCCACCGGCUUCAAGAUUAAACAAAACCCCCACCAAAAGAAAGAAAAUCAAUAAAUUAUUGCGCCUUUCUUUCUGAGAUUCAUGUUGUUUUGGUCGUCUUUGUGGAUGUUUUUAUUUCUUUGGUGACAUUCUUUCUCCCUGUUGUUGUACUGUACUUGAUCCACAGUUAACUUCAUUGAAGAUGAACGUUAAUCCAAACUUCCCAUGGCCUUUUAUGCCAAUGGGUAGGGCCAUUUCUUCUAUUUAGACUACCCCAUUUCUUCAUCUGCUCUGUAAUUUUUAAAGUUGGAGCUUUAUUGCGUGGACGAACAGAGACCGUUUGAAAACAUCGAAAAAUCUUCAGCGCCAGAAAGCUGCUUCUGUGACCUUGAUCCUCGCAGACCUCUGUUCUUCAGUUUUCUUCCUCAGUCUUAGGUCGGUGACUGUCUGAACUCAUGGUUUUUGGAGUUUUUCAGACCCUUUCUUUUAUAUCUGUUUUCUGACUUGUGAGUUUUGGUGAUUUCUCUAAGAUUGACUGACACCAUUUAUUAGCUCCUUUUCAGUUGUAUUUUUUUGGGUUUAAAGGGAUUCCGUUUUGGAUAAUUAAUGGGUUUCUUCUUUGUUGUUCUUUUGUUGUAACGCAUUAUUUCUUUUUUAAAAAUUUUAAUUUAAAACCAGUAGAUCAAGAAUGUCGUUUUCAUGUUUAUCCGAAUUCCUCCUCGAAAUCUUGAAAGUUUCAAGGUCAUAAGUUUAAUCAGCAGAAAAUCUCGAGGAGUACUUAUUGAUUCAGUUGUUCACUCUUAUUCUAUCUUUGUACUACCAUGGUUGGGUCUUCUAAAAGAUAAGGUAUGUGCAGAAUCUGAAAGAUUUUCUCGCCUUCUUUUUCUCAUUUUUCGGGCAUUCUCUCCACAAUUCCGGUACUGGGUGUUCGAGAAAACUUCGUUUCUGAAGAUUAAGCUGAAGAGUUGUUCGUCUCGCAUUUUACCCGUCAGUGGGUUAGUUUAAGCUUACGGCGUGUUGUACUGUGAUUUGUAUUCGUGGUGCGAUUGCAAGUGGCUCGUUCACAGGUUUAUCGAGCUUUGGCGCGUGAAGCCUGAUGAAUUUUGCGGCAAUUCUUUUGACGCGCUCUACUUCAUUUCCAUAUUUACUCUAAUGGGUUGCGUUUAUUCGAGGGUUUGUAUUGGCGAAGCUACAACUCCAAGAUCUUCGAGAAUUGCCGAAACCCAAAAUGCCAAAACCGCCACUGAAAUCGAUACGAUCUCUUCUUCGUCUUCCGAUAGCCGAGAACGUGAGACCGGCGACCGACUGAAUCAAUUGAAUUCAAACAACAGAGAUUCAGAAGCUGGAAUCACGAGACUUUCGAGAGUUUCAUCCCAGUUCUUGCCCGCCGAGGGGUCUCGAACCGUUAAAGUUCCUUCUGGAAACUUCGAACUGCGAUAUUCGUUCCUUUCUCAAAGAGGGUAUUAUCCUGAUGCCCUUGAUAAGGCAAAUCAAGACAGUUUUUGCAUCCACACCCCAUUUGGGAACAGCCCAGAUGAUCAUUUCUUUGGGGUUUUCGAUGGGCAUGGGGAAUACGGAGCACAAUGCUCGCAGUUUGUUAAACGGAAGCUCUGUGAAAAUUUGCUUAGGAAUAGUAGGUUCCACAGUGAUGCGGUUGAGGCCUGUCAUGCGGCCUAUUUAACAACCAAUUCACAGUUACACGCCGAUAUCUUGGAUGAUAGCAUGAGUGGUACUACUGCUAUUACUGUUUUAGUUAGAGGUACGACUAUAUAUGUUGCUAAUUCAGGUGAUUCGAGGGCAGUCAUAGCAGAGCGGAGAGGAAAGGAAGUUGUGGCUGUUGACCUUUCGAUUGACCAAACUCCGUUUCGAACUGAUGAACUGGAACGAGUUAAGCUUUGUGGUGCUAGAGUUCUUACACUUGAUCAGAUUGAGGGGCUGAAGAACCCUGAUAUUCAGUGCUGGGGUACUGAAGAAGGAGAUGAUGGUGAUCCUCCUAGGCUUUGGGUGCCCAAUGGGAUGUACCCUGGCACUGCUUUCACAAGAAGUAUUGGUGACUCAAUUGCUGAGACUAUUGGAGUUGUUGCUACACCUGAAAUUGUUGUCCUGGAGCUGACACAGGAUCAUCCUUUCUUUGUAGUUGCUAGUGAUGGGGUAUUCGAGUUUCUUUCAAGCCAAACCGUGGUCGACAUGGUUUGUAAAUAUAAAGAUCCCCGUGAUGCUUGUGCUGCAAUUGUGGCCGAGUCUUACAGACUUUGGCUUCAAUUUGAGACUCGAACAGAUGAUAUCACUAUUCUUGUGGUGCAUAUUAAUGGGCUCACCAAUACGGUUACUAGUGAAUCGACAAGAUCUGGUGGAGGAGGUUUUGUUCCAUCUGCUAUUCCUCAAGUCAUGGAAGUGACAGGAUCAGAGUCUCCCUCUACAUUUGGCUGGAAUAGAAACAACCGUGCAAGGCAAGAUUUGUCUAGGGCACGUCUCCGGGCUAUUGAAAGUUCUCUAGAGAAUGGUCAAGUCUGGGUGCCUCCAUCUCCAGCUCACAGGAAGUCAUGGGAAGAAGAAGCACAUAUUGAACGAGCAUUGCACGACCAUUUCCUCUUCAGAAAACUAACUGACUCUCAAUGCCAAGUUUUAUUGGAUUGCAUGCAAAGAGUUGAGGUCAUCCCUGGGCAAAUUGUAGUCGAACAAGGUGGCGAAGGUGACUGUUUUUACGUGGUUGGCAGUGGAGAAUUUGAAGUCUUGGCAACCCAGGAAGAAAGCCAUGGAGAGGUCCCUAGGGUUUUACAACACUACACAGCUGAGAAGCUCUCUUCCUUUGGCGAAUUGGCUUUGAUGUAUAACAAACCACUUCAAGCUUCUGUACGUGCGGUGACAAGUGGGACACUUUGGGCUUUGAAAAGAGAGGACUUUCGUGGAAUUCUUAUAUCAGAGUUUUCUAACUUGUCAUCUUUGAAAUUGCUUCGAUCUGUGGACCUCUUGUCGAAGUUAACAAUCUUGCAAUUGAGUCACAUUGCAGACUGCCUUUCUGAAGUUCAAUUCUCAGAUGGGGAGCUGAUUGUUGAUGGGACCGAAGGCUCAUGUGCACUGCACAUUAUUCAGAAGGGGCAAGUGAGGAUUACUUUUGAUGCAGAGUUAAUGAGCAAUUCAAAUGUUUACAGCUUCAAUUAUGUCAGUCAAAAAGAGGAUGGUGCUGCACAGAGCGGUAACGAGAUUUCAGCUAUUAGGAAAGAGGGAAGUUAUUUUGGCGAGUGGGCACUUCUUGGUGAGCAUAUCGGCUUCUUACGUGCAGUUGCUGUGGGAGAUGUUCUGUGUACUAUUUUAACGAAGGAAAAGUUUGAAUCAGUUGUUGGCUCCUUACCAAAGCUCUCUCAAGAUGAUCAAAAGGCGAAAGAACACUCUUCAAACUCUCUCCAUCAGUCUGCCAAAUUUAUUGAUAUUUCAGCUCUUUCUAAAGUUGAGCUCUCUGAUCUGGAGUGGAAAAUGUGUUUAUUUUCCACGGAAUACAGUGAAAUUGGGCUAGUUCAGUUAAGGAACACAGAAACUAUGCUUAGUUUAAAAAGGUUUACAAGACAGAAGGUCAAAAGGCUGGGACUUGAAGCACAAGUUUUGAAGGAGAAAAAUCUUAUGAAGACUAUCAGUUCUUCAGCUUGUGUGCCGGAACUUCUUUGCACUUGUUUUGAUCAAUCACAUGCUGGCAUAUUGCUAAAGACAUGCCUGGCUUGUCCUUUGUCUUCGAUACUUCACGUCCCACUCGAUGAAUCUUCUGCACGUUUCUUUGCAGCCUCUCUUGUUAUGGCGUUGGAGGAUUUGCACAAGCUUGGUGUUCUCCACAGAGGAAUUUCCCCUGAUGUUCUAAUGUUGGAUCAAACCGGACACAUACAGUUGGUAGACUUCAGAUUUGGGAAAAAGACUUUGGGUGAGAGAACAUAUACUAUUUGUGGGAUGGCCGACUUUUUAGCACCUGAGAUAGUUCAAGGCAAUGGUCAUGGCUUUGCUGCUGACUGGUGGGCAUUAGGAGUCCUAAUCCAUUUCAUGCUGAAAUGUGAAAUGCCAUUUGGAUCAUGGCGACAAAGCGAGCUUGAUACUUUUUCGAAGAUUGCAAAAGGUCAACUAAGUCUUCCCCAGAUUUUCAGUCCUGAAGCAAUUGAUCUCAUCACCAAGUUACUUGAAGUCGAUGAGAAGAAAAGACUUGGAAACGAGAACCAAAACGCUGUUAGAAGUCAUACAUGGUUUGAUGGCGUUGAUUGGAAGGGGAUCCGUGAGGGUACCUUUCCCGUUCCUGAAACAAUAACUUCUCGUGUAGCUCAAUAUUUGGAGAGCUACCCUGAAAAUUGCAGUGCUUCGUUAACUAAACCACCUCAAGAUCUUGAAGAACAGGACGUCCCUGAGUGGAUCAACGACUGGUAGAAGUACAGCACCAACAAAACUUUCCAUCAAAGUAUGUACGCAGGCUCUUCCCAGGUGGAGUCUGUCUUCUGCUGAUUGGUUCAUGUGGUUUUCUGAGACACGAAUCGAUAAUUUCAGAAAUGGUUGGAUAUAAUGCAAGUUGCAUUGUAUCAAGUCCAUAUUAAGAUUAGGUUGGUGAAUAGAUCAUAUGUCUCCCAUUUUUGUCUGUUGAAAUUUGAUUCCUUGUGAAUACAAAGUAGGUAUAUAUAUGUAAAUGAAGUAGAGUUCAUUUUUUGCUCUACAGUCAAAUUGUUACUCAUCUUGUGAAACCUUCUAUUAAUGGUUGCUGAUAAUAAAUCAAAAUCUUCUUCUCCAUCUAAUAA